UGGCGGCGGGAGGGGCAGAGGGGGGUGGCCGGCAGGCGCCCGGCCGCCCUCACCUCCCCCGAGGAGGCCUGAACCGGCCAGGCCUGGGUGCGCCCCGGGCUUCGCCUCCCAGCCCAGCAGAGCCUCCUCCCUGCCUGCCCCUGGGGAGGGGCCACCUGGUGUCAAUUAAACCCCAGCCACGCGGCGCACCACGCAGGGCGGCUGAUUAGUGCCGCCGCCGGCCUCUCCAGAUGGGGAGCACUGCCUGAGAGGGGCAGCGGCCGCCACGCCAGGGGGAGGCCUCGGCGCAGCCAGUGAGAAGUUGAGGCUCAGAGAAGUGAGGUCACUCGCCCAGAAUCCAGGCGGAGCUGCUGGAACGUGAACCGUGUUUUCCUCUUUGGCAUCUCGUUCAACAAAGGAGGCCCCAGGUCUCGUCUGCAUCUUGUGGGCUGGCCAUGCCCAGAGAAUAGUUCACAAGAGUAUGCGUCACCUCUAGACGCAUCCACCAGCUACUUCUCCUCACUGUCUGCCUGACCUGUUGCUUAGGGACAGGUCCCACUGCUUCUCCUGACGUCUGCCCGAUCGACCGUCACUUCCUUAGAGAACAGGGAAGGAGACAGACGCAUGAAAUCAUGCCACCAACAGCCAAACAGCAAUGAGCGGGUAACGCCGAGUUGACGUCAAAGACAAGCCCAAGAGACUCGCCACGGCCCCUGCAGCCCCCGCCCCCCCCCCAGCUCCUUCUCAGCACAGCCUGAAGCUGGGCUCCUCCUGACGAGGUUCCCUUGGCUCAACGUAGUCUGAGGCUUUCAGACCCUCGGGCACUGGACACCAUGGAGAACCACAUGUUCAGCGUCCAGCAAAUCCAGCCCAACGUGAUUUCUGUCCGCCUCUUCAAGCGCAAAGUGGGGGGCCUGGGCUUUCUGGUGAAGGAGCGAGUGAGCAAGCCCCCCGUGAUCAUCUCUGACCUGAUUCGCGGGGGAGCCGCAGAGCAGAGCGGCCUCAUCCAGGCUGGAGACAUCAUUCUGGCAGUCAAUGGCCAGCCGUUGGUGGACCUGAGUUAUGAGAAUGCCUUGGAGGUGCUCCGGGGCAUUGCUUCCGAGACCCACGUGGUCCUCAUCCUGCGGGGCCCUGAGGGCUUCACCACGCACCUGGAGACCACCUUUACUGGGGAUGGGACCCCCAAGACCAUCCGGGUGACACAGCCCCUGGGUCCCCCCACCACAGCUGUCGAUCUGUCGCACCAGUCAUCAGCCUGCAAAGAGCAGCUGCCCCCAGUGGAUGGGGCCACCGGUCCUGGCAAUGGGCCACAGCAUACCCACGACAAUGGGCAGGAGGCUGGCUCGCUGUCCCACACCAACGGCCUGGCGCCCAGGCCUCCAGGCCCGGACCCUGCCAAGAAGAAUGCUGGGGUCACCCUUCAGGGCCGUGGGGAGCACAAUGACUUGCUCAAAGAGAUAGAGCCUGUGCUGAACCUUCUCACCAGUGGUGACAGACGGAUCAAUGGAGGGGGACCGGACAAAGCAGAGACAAAAGACGCAGAAGUCCAGGUGGACAGAAAUCUGGAUGACAAGUCUCACAAACCUCUGCCCCUCGGCGUGGAGAAUGACCGAGUCUUCAGUGACCUGUGGGGGAAGGGCAACGUGCCUGUGGUCCUCAACAACCCGUAUUCGGAGAAAGAGCAGUCCCCUGCUUCGGGAAAACAGUCCCCCACAAAGAAUGGCAGCCCCUCCAAGUGCCCCCGCUUCCUCAAGGUCAAGAACUGGGAGACUGAUGUGGUUCUCACGGACACCCUCCACCUUAAGAGUACAUUGGAGACGGGAUGCAGCGAGCACAUCUGCAUGGGCUCCGUCAUGCACACCUCUCAGCAGUUGCGGAGGCCGGAAGACAUCCGCACUAAGGAGCAGCUCUUCCCUCUCGCCAAAGAGUUUAUCGAUCAGUACUACUCGUCCAUUAAAAGAUUUGGCUCCAAAGCCCACAUGGAGAGGCUGGAAGAGGUGAACAAAGAGAUUGAAACCACCAGCACCUACCAGCUCAAAGACACGGAGCUCAUCUACGGGGCCAAGCAUGCCUGGAGGAAUGCCUCCCGCUGCGUCGGCAGGAUCCAGUGGUCCAAACUGCAGGUGUUUGAUGCCCGAGACUGUACCACGGCUCAUGGGAUGUUCAACUACAUCUGCAACCACAUCAAGUAUGCCACCAACAAAGGGAACCUCAGGUCCGCCAUCACCAUAUUUCCCCAGAGAAUCGACAGCAAGCACGAUUUCCGAGUCUGGAACGCCCAGCUCAUCCGCUAUGCCGGCUACAAGCAGCCUGACGGCUCCAUCCUAGGGGACCCAGCCAACGUGGAGUUCACGGAGAUCUGCAUACAGCAGGGCUGGAAACCCCCGCGGGGUCGCUUCGACGUCCUGCCACUCCUGCUCCAGGCCAACGGCAACGACCCCGAGCUCUUCCAGAUCCCUCCAGAGCUGGUGUUGGAAGUGCCCAUCAGGCACCCCAAGUUUGAGUGGUUCAAGGACCUGGGGCUGAAGUGGUACGGCCUCCCCGCUGUGUCCAACAUGCUUCUGGAGAUUGGUGGCCUGGAGUUCAGCGCCUGCCCCUUCAGCGGCUGGUACAUGGGCACGGAGAUUGGCGUCCGUGACUACUGUGACAACUCUCGGUACAACAUCCUGGAGGAAGUGGCCAAGAAGAUGAACUUGGACAUGAAGAGGACGUCCUCCCUGUGGAAGGACCAGGCGCUGGUGGAGAUCAACAUUGCAGUCCUCUACAGUUUCCAGAGUGACAAAGUGACCAUCGUCGACCACCACUCGGCCACCGAGUCUUUCAUCAAGCACAUGGAGAAUGAAUACCGCUGCCGGGGGGGCUGUCCCGCAGACUGGGUGUGGAUUGUGCCCCCCAUGUCUGGCAGCAUCACCCCUGUCUUCCACCAGGAGAUGCUCAACUACCGGCUCACCCCCUCCUUCGAGUACCAGCCUGACCCUUGGAACACCCACGUCUGGAAAGGCACCAACGGGACCCCCACAAAGCGGCGAGCCAUUGGCUUCAAGAAGCUGGCAGAAGCCGUCAAGUUCUCAGCCAAGCUGAUGGGGCAGGCAAUGGCCAAGAGGGUCAAGGCAACCAUCCUUUAUGCCACAGAGACGGGCAAAUCACAGGCCUAUGCCAAAACCUUGUGUGAGAUCUUCAAACACGCCUUUGAUGCCAAGGUGAUGUCCAUGGAAGAAUAUGACAUUGUGCACCUAGAACAUGAAACUCUGGUCCUGGUGGUCACCAGCACCUUUGGCAACGGAGACCCCCCUGAAAAUGGGGAGAAGUUCGGCUGCGCUCUGAUGGAAAUGAGGCACCCCAACUCUGUGCACGAGGAAAGGAAGUACCCGGAACCCUUGCGUUUCUUUCCCCGUAAAGGGCCUCCCCUCCCCCGAGGCGACACAGGAGUCCGUGGUCUGGCUGGAGUCCGUGACAGCCAGCUCAGGAGCUACAAGGUCAGGUUCAAUAGUGUUUCCUCCUUUUCCGACUCCCGCAAAUCAUCAGGCGACGGGCCAGACCUCAGAGACAACUUUGAGAGCACCGGCCCCCUGGCAAACGUGAGGUUCUCGGUGUUCGGCCUUGGCUCGCGGGCCUACCCCCACUUCUGCGCCUUCGGACAUGCCGUGGACACCCUCCUGGAGGAGCUGGGAGGAGAGAGGAUCCUGAAGAUGAGGGAGGGGGACGAGCUCUGUGGGCAGGAGGAGGCGUUCAGGACCUGGGCCAAGAAGGUCUUCAAGGCAGCCUGCGAUGUGUUCUGCGUGGGGGACGACGUCAACAUCGAGAAGGCGAACAACUCGCUCAUCAGCAAUGACCGCAGCUGGAAGAGGAACAAGUUCCGCCUCGCCUACGUGGCUGAGGCUCCGGAGCUCACGCAAGGUCUCUCCAGUGUCCACAAGAAGCGGGUCUCGGCCGCUCGCUUCCUCAGCCGUCAAAACCUUCAGAGCCCCAAGUCCAGCCGGUCAACCAUCUUCGUGCGUCUCCACACCAACGGGAAUCAGGAGCUGCAGUACCAGCCUGGGGACCACCUGGGCGUCUUCCCUGGCAACCACGAGGACCUCGUGAACACCCUGAUCGAGCGGCUGGAGGACGCGCCCCCCGUCAACCAGCUGGUGAAAGUAGAACUGCUGGAGGAGCGGAACACAGCUCUGGGAGUCAUCAGUAACUGGACGGAUGAGCACCGCCUCCCGCCCUGCACCAUCUUCCAGGCCUUCAAGUACUACCUGGACAUCACCACGCCGCCCACGCCCCUGCAGCUGCAGCAGUUUGCCUCCCUGGCCACCAGCGAAAAGGAGAAGCAGCGCCUGCUGGUCCUCAGCAAGGGCUUACAGGAGUACGAGGAGUGGAAAUGGGGCAAGAACCCCACCAUCGUGGAGGUGCUGGAGGAGUUCCAGUCCAUCCAGAUGCCCGCCACCCUGCUCCUGACCCAGCUGUCCCUCCUGCAGCCUCGCUACUACUCCAUCAGCUCCUCCCCAGACAUGUACCCCGACGAGGUGCACCUCACCGUGGCCAUCGUCUCCUACCACACCCGAGAUGGAGAAGGACCAAUCCACCAUGGCGUGUGCUCCUCCUGGUUGAACCGGAUCCAGUCUGAUGAAGUGGUCCCCUGCUUCGUGAGAGGAGCACCCAGCUUCCACCUGCCCCGAAACCCCCAAGUGCCCUGCAUCCUGGUUGGCCCGGGCACCGGCAUUGCCCCUUUCCGAAGCUUCUGGCAGCAGCGGCAAUUUGAUAUCCAGCACAAAGGAAUGAGUCCCUGCCCCAUGGUCCUGGUCUUCGGGUGCCGGCAGUCCCAGAUAGACCACAUCUACAAGGAGGAGACCCUGCAGGCCCGGAGCUUGGGGGUCUUCCGAGAGCUGUACACGGCCUACUCCCGGGAGCCGGACAAACCAAAGAAGUACGUGCAGGACGUCCUGCAGGAGAAGCUGGCGGAGCCUGUGUACCGAGCCCUGCGGGAGCAAGGGGGCCACAUUUACGUCUGCGGGGACGUCACCAUGGCCGCCGACGUCCUCAAAGCCAUCCAACGCAUCAUGGCCCAGCAGGGGAAGCUCUCGGUGGAGGACGCCGGCGUGUUCAUCAGCCGGCUGCGGGAUGACAACCGCUACCAUGAGGAUAUUUUCGGGGUCACCCUGCGCACGUACGAAGUGACCAACCGCCUUAGAUCUGAAUCCAUUGCCUUCAUUGAGGAGAGCAAAAAGGACACCGACGAGGUUUUUAGCUCCUAACCGGAUCCUCUGCCCAGACUGUCGGCAGGGGGGCCACCCCGCGCGCUCCGGCGGGGGUGGCGGCAGGUUUUGUAAGCGUGGACACUGCUGAACCCUCCCUGUGGGACCCCACGUGGCCCCCUGCUCUGCCUCUCGUCCUGUCGCCGUGUCCUGGUUGUCCUCUGGUUUCUCGCCUCUCCGUGUUUCCUUGAACUUGGGUUUUCUCCUUGAGUUUUCCUGCUGCGGUGCAAUGCCUUUAUGAUCUGCAGUGGCUCUUACGAGACUGCCCCCCUGCUUCCUCUUCCUGACAAGGACAAAUCGGCGGUGCAUGAAGGCACUGGGACAGGGGCGUCCCUGGAGCCAGGGCUUGUUUUCUGGGGCGCCCCUGGAGAGGCGGCAGGGACCGCACGGGAGAGCUCGGAGCCCGUCUCCCAGCCGCUGAAGCCCCACCUCACCCGUGUGCACGGCGGCGUUCUGGUGGUAACACACGGGAAGGCGUGUGGGUGCGUGUGGCCGGCCUGGGUCACGAGGUCCGUCCUCUUGCCUGCGCCAUCAUGCUGCCUGUAGACCCUCGAUGGCAAGAAACGUGGCCCAGCCUGUGUGGGUGGCCCCCAUGUCGGUGCCUGUGUCCCUGGAACACGCGGAAGCCCCCAGUGGUCCUGGUUAUAAAGGGUCAGGGGACAAAGGUGUAUGAUGACCCAGGGGGAGUCUCCAAGGAAAGGGGGAACUGGAGGACUAGGUGCGUCCAGAUUCUGGCAUCAGUGAGAGGAGCCCCCGCUGGGAAAUGAGCCCAUCCGCUGGAUUAGGCAGCCCGGCCUCCCAGAGCAGCCCCAGCCACGAGGCCAGAAGCCGUGCUGUCCAAGGGAGCAUGCUGGAAAGACGAGUCCUCUCACCUUUGCCUGCCAGUGACUUGGGACAAGUCACCUGUCCUCAGUUUCCCCUCGUUUUAACAUACGAAUGGACCGGACCGACAUGUCGUGAAGACUGGAAGCAGUAUCAGGGAAGCAUGUCAUCGUCUUGUUCUUAUCCCUCCCAGUGGGACUUGCUGGUUUGGCCUCGGGGAUGACAGGAGGGCAGGCAGGUCAGGUGGGUCGGGUGGGGAAGGGGAGCCCUAUUGCCGCACUGCGUGGCUUCUCCUACAGGACCGCGCUGAGGGUGGGAGGGGCCCGGCCUUCUGCCAGCGACCCACCACGUUUUUAACCUGCUGAAAUAAUCUUAACAAAUGAAUUGUCCUCCAUGCAGAGAAAACGUGGGCAGCAAAGUCACUAGCGGGAAUCGGGGCUGGUACAAUUUCUCCCUGGCAGGCAAGCUGCGGAGUUUACCCCCUGGGAGCAAAUGGCACAGGAGGGUCCCUUUUGACACGGAAAUGCUGACAGUCAAAGGCAGGCAGGCCCAGAGAGAGCCAGGAAGUCCCAGUCCUGCCGCCAGGGACCGGCUCCGCAGCUCUGCUCAGGGCCUCCAGGGGCAGAAGCAUUCAGCCGGCCCCACCCUCCUGCUGGAUUUUUGUCACGCAGAAAGGCAGCAUUUGCUUCACAGGCUGCACCAGGGGCCUGCCUUUCCCCACGCUCCAUGAGGGGCGUACCAAAGAGAGAGCCCUGGCCCGCCUGGGAGGGGCCUUAGAAUGGGGGUCCAAGGAGGUGUUGGGGAGGACUCCUCCGAGACUCUUUAAGUCAACGGGUAGACAACAUCUCGCCUUUUCCCACCCUCCCUGGCCACCCCCACCCCCGGGACAGAUUCAUGUCCUCCCUGCCUUCUUGCUGCUCAAGCUUCCAUGGGCACAGAGACCAGACGUUUGUGUGGCAUGCUCCCUGACCCCUUCCUGACAGCCUGGGGGGAAGCCCACUGUGAACCCCAUCCGUCCUGCAGGCUGGACUCUGUCUCCCAGUAGCUUUCCUUCCGGGGACUUUCCAGUCCCUGGGGGUCACCAGCGCCCCAGGGCCCGCACUGCUGUGCGCAGCCCCCAGCAGGGAGGAAUCCCCAGCCCAUGCUCCCCCUCUCCCAGCCGAGCUCUCGGCACGGACGCCUCCCCCCACCCCGCUGCACAGACACUGGUGCGUGGGCUCUGCCAGGCGCCUAGCUCCGACAUCCCUGUGCUCCCAGAAGUAGGCCUGCAGAUGGAAACAUCUCGUCGUCUUAUCAGGGAGGCCAAAGAAAGACACGAUUACUUAACCAGGAUUCGUCUUUCCUCCCAAGAAGGAUUUUUUCCUUAAGUAAACACCGUUCAGCCACAACACAGCUGCUUGGUAACUCCUGGCCCCGAGUCAGAGACCAGACCUGUCUGCUUCUCUCUGUCAGAACCCCUGACACCCAACGCCUGGCUGGAAUGAGCCUUCGAAGCCCAGGAGAGUGGAGCCCUGGGGUGGGGUUAGCGAGAAUCGGGGCGUGUAAAUGCUGCCCUCUUGUGGUAGCCUUUAGUUCAGUCCCAGUAACCAAAAGUAGGUGCAAAAUUCGGUUUAAGGAUAGAUUAGCAAAAUUAGGGUUGACUGGGCAUUUGGGGGUUACUCAGGCUCCAGACCUCCUACUCCCUCUCCCCCUUGAACUGGCUUUCAGGAGCUCCAGUCCCGUUGAAAGUGAGUGGAAGUGAGCUGGCCGGCGGGAAGGGGCCAUCCCCUGAAUAGUCAGUCACGCUCUCCCGCCACCGAGACUGAGAAUCCAGUCCCUUCACCUCGUGUGAGGGAAGCCGUAGUCACACACCCCGAAAGGAGAACGUCUCCCCUUGGUUUCUAUGCAGUGAGACAGCCGGGUAGUUUUCUCUUGUGUGUGUCGGGGGUGCUUCAGGCCCACCAGUACGGAAUUUGGGAAGCUGGUUGGAGUCCAGAGGGUGAGCUAAGGUUUGCCCAUUCGCUUUCAGCCGGCCGUAAUCACUGGUACACUUCGUCUCCGCCGCCUCUGUCUCCCAAUGAGCCCCUGUGUCUGCAGACGGCUGUGGGCUGGUGAGCUGUUAGCCCUUCUGGGUCUGCCAUACGCCUGCAUGACAGAGGGGAUUCAAUGAGGCACUGCUCCUAAGUUGUCACAGCGCCAGGCCCCUUGUAAGCAAUCACAUUUUAUUUCCCCACUUCAUCUGGAACACACCCUGCUUCUCCGGGGUGCGGAAGGCACAGGGCGGUGUGCAGAGCAAACGCAGCCCCCAGCUUAGAGACAGUCAGGACCUGGUGUGCGGGGACACAACUCUCAGAGCUGAUGGCAGUGUCUGGGGCUCCAGAGGCGGGUGGGAUCCCACCAGCGGGUUUGGGGGGACAGGUUUGCCUGGAAGUAGGAAGAGGGAGAGGACAAACAAGGAUGGGGGGCCUGGAGGAUGAAAUGGGGGUGGUGCCAGAAGUGCCCCACUUUGGAAGGCUGAGGAGGGUCAGGCUGGCGAGCGGGGCACCGGGAAGGUGCUGGAGGGCCAGAGAGUGGGGAGGGGCGAGUGGCCCGUUAAGGGGUUUUUUACUUUAAGGGGAGCCUUUGAGAAUGUUUUCAAAAGGGGAAAAAAGAGGACUGGAGUUACGCUUAGGAAAGAAUGUUCUGGCAGCAGCAUAAGGCACAGAGAGCUGGGCUGUUGACCUGCGGCAGGUGAUGUCCAGAGCAAAGGCUGGAAUGAGGGAAGAAACAGAUAAAGCGAUAACAGAGAUUCCAGGAGUUUCAUCAACAGGACCUGGCGACCUGUCUCUUGUGGAAGAUGGAAACAAACAAGAAAGUCAAGAUUCUUGACUUUUGGUUGAGAAAGGGGGCUUAGGAGAUAAAAAAAACAGGCUCGAGAGAAAGAUGAGUUUGUGACACCCUAGUGAUAACUGGGCGAGUCCACGGGGUCAGUCCUUCCAAGGGUCGGCGGGCUUGUGCACAGGAUAAAAAGUGACCCCAGGCCCCAGGCCCAUAGGCCUUGGCCUUUGAACCCAGGACUUUUCUUGCCAGACGUGCUCCCAGAAGCCACCUGCUUGGGGCUCCAAAAGGAGGUCGUGUUUGUCCUAAGUCCAAAAUGAGUGAAGUUUUCUGGGGCACACGGCCCCUGCCAGAGUGGGCAAGCCAGACAUCUGGCCCUUCUCCCCUCCGGCACCGGCCCUCCCAUGUGGCCUUUUGACUCCUGCCACUGGGAGAACCUUGGCCUAAGACUGUGUGUCUGGCUGGCCGUGUGUGUCUGUGUAUUCCCAUCUGCCCUGCCUCUCUCUCCCCAACGUGUCACUGAGCCCACCUUGUCCAUUAAGCCUUCUGUCGGAGUGCGCAAGUUAACCUGAGACUGCCUGCAGGUGACAAGGAGGAAGAAAUGCCGGUCUGAGCUUCCAGUAUGAAGCGUCCAUGCAUACCCCCUGCCUUCUCCCAGCCCUCGUAAUGUCUGCCGUGUCCGCAUGCCCUGUUUGGCCCAGGAGCUGGGUGGAGGACACAGAGGUCUGGCCAUCUGAGGGAGGGGCCUGCCUCCCAAAGACCCACCACAGGUGGCUCCCAUGAACCUGAAUUUGGCCUUUUGGGGGCUGAUACCUGCCUGGCCUCUCCGGUCCCUGCCUGGUGACAAAGGGGUCCAAGAGGAAAAGCCCCGCUCACCAACCUGACCCUCCUCAGCCUUCCAAAGUGGGGCACUUCUGACACCGCCCCCAUUUCAUCCUCCAUGCCCCCCAUCCUUGUCCCCAAACUCUGACGUGUCUCACCUGUGAGGACCUGGGAAAGCAGAUCUGUUGGGGUCUCUUGUCAAAGCCACGGGCAAGGAAGGUGGUCAGGGAUAAAAAUGCCUUAGUUUGUUUUGGCCCAGAACGAGCAGUUCAGAAUGAGUAGGACAUGUGUCUCUGGCCCGGGACAGAGCCCAGUCUUCAGGAGGGGCCCGGGCAGGCAGGGACAAACCCACCUGAGGAUGCUGUUGGCCGCAGCCUUCUAGAAAGAGACUGCAGCACAUCAGAGUGCCCAGACUUGGCCCCUGGGCCCCAGGAAAAUUGAGGGUCCAUCAGCCUCAGCGAUGUUGGCAUUGGAGGCUGGAGAAUUCUUUGUGGGGUGAGGGGGGGCUAUCCUGGGCACUGGAGGAAUGUGAGCUGCCAGUCGCAGCCCCCCCCCCCCAAAACAUGACAACCAAAUGUGUCCUUGGACAUUGCCCAGUGUCCCUGGGGGCGAGCCGAGCAUUCCUCGGCUUGGGUGACUUUGCUGCUGUUACCCUCCACCACCACACCGGGACUUGGAGGGUUUUGAGGGGGUGAAAGGUAUGGCUUCACACACUCCCUCCCAAGACGGAAGGAUGACCGUUGUGGGUCAGGGACAGGCUAUGCCCUGGGCAUCCGUUCGGACUCAGGCCCACAGAGGCCUAAAGCUCUCUGCGCCCUGCCUCCUGCCCCCACGCUGUGCUCCGUGUGGCUCUGUUGUCGUGAUCGUGAGACCCCCUCUGGGCUCCGCACUGACUUUCCGGAAGGCUGGGGUUGUGCACACGCAGCUGGUCGCUCUCGAGGCUGCGCCGUAGGUUUCCACUCUGGGGCUGGGGGACUGGGCCGGUGGGCAGAGGACGUCUCAUCUGGACACACACACACACACACACUGUCAGAAAGUUGGACUGCCCCCCUACCUCUGAGCUCUCGAUGCUGCUACUCUCUGCCCCGUGUCCCGUGUGCCCCAGCACCUUCCGCAAAGGACUGACGCCCGCCCCACGCUCUGCGCGGUUGCCCAGGCUGUGUUCGCCGCAUGCUCUUCCUCUGUAUAGUCCUCACCUUCUAAUUUGAUGGAAGUCAACAAAAGUCUACUUAUGCCUGUUUGCAUCAUGGUGAAAAUAUUAAAAA